GGAUUUGAGCCUGGCCAGUUUACAUAAGAACAGACUGCGCGGCCGUAAGAGUGCCAUAUUUUCGCAAGAUUUAGAUUUUUUUCAAACAAGAGUGGAAACGCCGGCAACACGAAUUGCGAAUGCCUCCUCUAAAAAAUAAAUUUGCAUGCCACAGCGAGUUCAACUCGAGUGAUUCAGUCAGUCGGCAGGCCAUACAAAACACGCCUAUAUAGUUUAUUCUGGAGCACAGCACUGUGACUUUGGAAUAACCUCUUCAACCGUGCGCGAGGAUUGUUUGAAGAAGAAAACGACAAAACUCUAUUUCGACGCCACUCAAACUUUUCCGGGAAUGGUAGGAGAAGUUACAAGCAGGGGCGUGCCCUCGGUGACACUUUCGGGGUUGAUUAUUUCGUUAAAUAAUCUUCAGUUAUGGGAUUAAACAUCUCGGCUGGGCGGACAUUGCAAGAGGAAGGAUCACUGGAUGCCAGAAAUGAUGAUAAGAUUGUUAAAUACAUGAAGGAUGUGAUAAAUGGGGACAAUGUUCAUGUAUCCAGAGAGGAUGACGAAGACCCUUUCUUUGUGUUAGAUCUGAAGGAUGUGGAGAAGAAGCACCACCUAUGGAAGCAGGAGUUUCCGAAUGUGCAACCAUUCUAUGCUGUUAAAUGCAACUCCAACAGAAGAGUACUAGAAAUGUUAGCUAUACUUGGAGCUGGUUUUGAUUGUGCGAGCAAGGCGGAGUUACAGCAGGUGCUUGAUCUAGGCGUUCAGCCUAAUAGGAUCAUAUAUGCACACCCAUGCAAAGCCAAAUCACACCUCAUGUUCGCCAAGGAGAACGAUGUCCGACUCAUGACGUUCGACAACGAGGACGAGCUCGUCAAAAUAAAAGAAGUCUUUCCAAAAGCGAGGUUAGAUCGACAAAAGAUGUUACGUUAUCACAUUUAGGUGCACUUCUUUCAGGUUUUUUUUUUCAAACUUGCUUCUUAGUUUUCAUUUUGAAAAGGAAAAUUCCUUUUUGUUUGUUUCGAAUUACCACCAUUUAAUAUACCUGCCAUAUGCUGUUAUACUAACUACCACCAUGAUUACGGCCAUGACAAGGCAGAUUUGUAAAAUAAGGAGGACAAUAAACUGAUAAACAUUUAUUGACAGAUCUUCUCUUGGUCUUACUGGUGGUUUCAGAAAUCUGCUGGCAAGAUGACAUCAUUUUAAUCUGUUAAAAGAAAUGCCUUACAUCUAAGUUUCAUUUGCACUUGUCAAUUGAUAAGAGUUCAAAUCAAUCAAGAAAGUUCAUGUAAAUCUUCAACAAAACUGGAUGAAUAUUGACGAGGAAUGGUGGUAUUGGAAUAAUUAUAGUACUUAUUUUCAAGGGACUCAUGGGAGAUGACGUCAUCCGUUUUCUCAUUGCUAAUCCAUGAUGGCGUAUACCAUCGAGGGUCCCCGAUCCCGAUUUUUUUCUUUAAAAAUGUAUUUUCUUUUAUCUGACUGUAUACCUACGUCAAUUGAGGACUUUCCAAUUAGCCUACAAUAUACGAUAAUUCUUCGGAAUAUUUUUUAACGUUUUUUGUGUAAGAUUUUUUAAGGGUUUAUCAAGUGUGCUAAACAAGUUGAUUUAGUACCGUACAGAUGCUGAUAAUAAAUAAUGGUGAUAAAUGUGUUCAGAUGUUUAUAAAGCAAUCUAUAGCAAUUCAUUUAUAAUUAGAGUUCGUAUUCAUACUCAAGUUUACAAGUAGGCUUAUCCCACUCACAUGACCUGUAUAUAGAUUAGCUGUUUGAAUUAUAAUGCCGGGAUCACAUGUCAAUGAAAUUCAGUAUAUAUUAUAUAUAUAUUGUGAAAGAAAUGGACGAAGAGAAAAAUGAGACAUUUUUUCGGCAUCACCAAUUUUCCCAAAGGGCAGAUAGCUUUGGGGAACCUUGAUAUAAGCAACGCCAACCAUUGUUCGCUUCAUCCAUUUCUUUCACAAUAUAUAUAUAACAAAAAAAAACAAUUCAAAAUAGUUCAAAUUGGUGAAGCUUUUUUCAGUACUUUUUAUUCAAUGUUUAUACUUUACAUAUUUCAAUAAAAAGAAAAAAAACAAGAAUAGCACCGCGAAAAGUACAUUUAAGCAAAAUAGCGCCAUGGGAAUAAAGUGAAGGUAAAGAAAAUAAACAGUUGAAUGAAAUAUCAAAGAGAAAAUAAAAAUAUAAAGGAAGUUAAAAGAAAACAAUCGUGUUUGUAUCUUUAUAUAUAUAUGUAAUGUACAUGUAAGUAUCCUUGUUUGGCGUCACCUAUGCCACGUGGAAGUCGAAAAACAAUAUCCUUGAUGACGGUUUAGUAGUUCAUCUAGCAAUUUUUUAUCUUCAUCAAGACCAUGAAAAAUAAAAAAAUGAAAGUGAUCCUUUUUACAGUGUCUUCAUUCCGAAGAUACAAGUCACAUUUGAUUGAAAUUUGAAAUUGCUCAAACUAGGCAAACUGCAAGAUCGAAUGGCAUAUUGGCCGACACAUCACCAGCAUAAAAUCAUAAUUUAACGAUUUUCUUUAAAAAAAAACGGUUACAACUUUGUAUCAAUAAACACAGAAUUUACUUCCGCGUAUAAUUUUUUUUCGAAUUGCCCCCCCCCCAAAAAAAAAAAAAAGGAAUACGCGAAUAUAAUAAAUUUAGUUUGUUAUGUUAUUGAAUACUAAUUGCGCAGUAACGACAGAUUUCAAUACUUAAAAAUACAAUUUAUUCUCCAUCGCCAUGCUUUCUCGUAGUUAUUCAAAGUCAUUCAAUAUGCUCAAUAAAUUGUAUACAUGAUUGUAUACCAUGUUCAUGAUGUUAUAGAUAUAACUACUAAUUUUCCAUCUAAAGCAUACUUAUAAAAAAGCUACGCUCCUUUGCAUGCAAAUGAUCAUCGAGGAUCGCGGAAUCGCAAUAAAUUGUAUAGUUCAUGUGUA